CCGCAUCAUUCUGUCAAUCCGACGGAAGGGAAGUCUCAGCCGCCUUUUAUAAGACAGCGACGGCCUCGAUGUCAGUACGGAGUUACGCGAUUGGGCGGUGGCUUCUGUCAAUCCCGAAGUGGGUGGGGCCUGCGAGGGGCUGCUGAGGAGAGUCCGGGCGGCGGCGAGUGAGCCGGGCGGAGCCGGCAGUGGAGGCCGCCGAGAGAAGCGGGAGAGAUGGCUGCCAUACGCAAGAAACUUGUCAUUGUAGGAGAUGGAGCAUGUGGAAAGACCUGCCUCCUCAUCGUCUUCAGCAAGGACCAAUUCCCAGAGGUCUACGUCCCCACCGUCUUUGAGAACUAUGUGGCUGACAUUGAGGUGGAUGGAAAGCAGGUAGAACUUGCCCUUUGGGAUACAGCUGGCCAAGAGGACUAUGACCGCCUGAGACCCCUCUCCUACCCAGAUACAGACGUCAUCCUCAUGUGUUUCUCCAUUGACAGCCCUGACAGUUUAGAGAACAUCCCUGAGAAGUGGACUCCGGAGGUGAAGCACUUCUGCCCCAAUGUGCCUAUCAUCCUGGUGGGGAACAAGAAGGACCUACGUAAUGAUGAGCAUACACGCCGGGAGCUAGCCAAGAUGAAGCAGGAACCAGUGAAGCCAGAGGAGGGACGUGACAUGGCAAACAGGAUUAGUGCUUUUGGCUACCUGGAAUGUUCUGCAAAGACAAAGGAUGGAGUACGGGAAGUGUUUGAGAUGGCUACCCGGGCUGCCCUGCAGGCCAAACGUGGGCGCAAGAAGACCUCAUGCCAGCUGCUGUAAUUCCUUCCCAGCCUGCCUUCCCUGCCAGCCAGCCAAGCCUUUGAGCUCUUAGCUUCCAGGCUUGCCUCUCUUGUGAUACCAUGGACUGGCAGGUCUCCUCAGAGAGGGGGCUUGCUAGAGCUGGGCAGGGGCUCUUCUGGAGCAUGACAACUAACUUUGGAGGUGGGGUGGUAUUUCCCCCUUCCGUCACAGGCUUCUGACUCCCUCAUAACAGGUCAGAAAAUUCUGGCCCUCGGUGGGUCAGUGGGAGAGCUCCUUAUCUUUCCGCGUGCUUGCUCACAGCAGUCUUGAUUCUCAUUGGCAGCCUAGGGCACUACACUGCUCCAGGCCGUUUCUUUGUAGAAGACUUUUUGCCAAAGUGUGAAAGCCCUUUGCUUCAAUAAAGGUCAGAGCCUUGAAUUGGAACAUCUGGCCCUGCCUAGUAAGGGACUCUUGACAUGUCAACAAGUCAUUCAUUGUGAGUGGAGCCAGUGCUCCUGCACAGUGGGCAAGCAGUUACCCUUAUCUUGGCAGACUCAUUGAUCCCUUAGCUGGCUUUUCUGCUCUUUAGGCUAGAGCAGAACCACUUUGGCGCUUGUCCCCUUCCUCAAGGCGAACAUAGCCCAGUUCAAAAGCCACCCACUGUCAGUUUCUUGAGGGCUGUCUCAGUAAAGUGACAUCAGGUCCUCCACCUUCUCUCUCUCUCCCACCCCAGAACAGAAUUGUCUCCACUUAAAUAUUUAUCUCCCGACAGCAGAGCAGACAGCUGCCUUUCCUUCAAACUGGCCCAAGAGACUGGGCCUUGCAGCCUGGCCCCUUUCUAGCAAAAAUCUAUAUUUGUAAGCAGAGGUGCUAUGAGCCAGUUUGUUGCUGUUUGGAAGCUCUCUGGAUAGCUGGUAGCUGGAGUAGCCACUGCCACAGCUUCAAGUGCAAAGGACCUCCUCUGUUGCUUCUGUCUCGCUGCUCCCCCGACACUCCUGCUUCUCUUCCCUUCUGCCUUCUUUGUACUCACUGCAUUGCCACCGGGGUGUAUGAUUUUGUGUUUAAUUUGUAUUCACAUGUUUAAAAAGUGGUUGUUACUUUUCAAAAUGUACUUGAAAGAAAAAUCUGUAAUAAAUUUGUAGCAAUGUUUA